AUGCGCGCUGCUAGCCGCUCCCGCUCACAACGCUCAACACCGUGGAGUUCUUCAACAUCUGUUUAUCCUACCGUUACAUCUUCUACUUUUUUUUGGGAACCUGAUAAUCUCAGGAAACGCUUGUACGCAACGUCGUCGGCGACUUCUGCAACGUAUUCACAUACUUCAGCAGGCCAUGAAGCAAUGAUUCCGAUAGAUCGGUCAAUGUAUUCCCGUUCAGAACCCUCCCCUACAGCCGAUAUCUACAACAGCUGA